GAAUAUUUUAUUUAUCUAAAUAGUUGAAGGGAAUGAUUCUCAAUAAAAAAAACCAUUGGCAUUGAUUGAGUUGGAAUACCCAGCGUCGCAAGCCAAUUCACACUAUGUCUCAUUCCUUCGUCAACUCAGCCAUCAAAUAUUAGAUUCUAAAAUGUCCUCAGCGAAGGCUAAGGUACUAAUUCUCGGCACCGGUGGCGUCGGCACAAUGGCGGCCUAUGCUCUUGAAAUUGGCGGAAAAGCGGAGGUCACUGCUAUUAUGCGCUCAAAUUAUGAGGCGGUUGAACGCAAUGGGAUCAAUAUCAAUUCUAUAGACCACGGCCAUGAUAUCAAGGGAUGGCGACCAACUACUAUCCGUAAGGAAGUUCCCAACGUUGUUGAGGAAGGCCUCCCAAGCUUUGACUACAUUCUCAUCACUACAAAGAAUGUUGCCGAUAUUCCACCUAGUGUGGCGGCUAUCAUUGAGCCAGCAGUCACACCUGGAAAGACAUCCAUUGUGCUAUCUCAAAAUGGGCUCAAUAUUGAAAAGCCGCUGAUUGCUAAAUUUCCUACGAACCCUUUGAUUAGCAGUGUCUCUAUGAUUAGUGUCACAGAAACAGGGCACGGCAAUGUGCUUCACGACUUCCCUGAUGCUCAAACUAUUGGCCCUUUCAAUAGUCCCGGUGUUUCAGCAGAGAUUUCCGAAGCUGCAGCUCGGCAAUACAUAAAUAUUUAUAAUGCUUGUGACAAGCUUAGUCUUACUUACGAAGCAAAUAUACUCGAAACACGAUGGAGAAAACUUCUAUACAAUGCCAGUUUCAAUUCGGUGGCAGCAAUCUUGCGAAUGGAUACUCUUCGUAUGCGAAUGAGUGAGCACAUCAUAGACGACUUAAUUCGGCCAAUCAUGUUGGAAAUCAAAGCUGGCGCUCAUGCGUACGGGAUUCAUCUCGCCGAUGAAACCCUCGAGUAUUUGAUUAGGGUGGACCCGAUUGGUGCGCCGUUUAAGCCUAGUAUGUGCCAGGAUAUUGAGAAAGGCAACUAUAUUGAAUUGGAAACAAUCAUUGGCGAGCCACUGAGAGCGGGAGAGGCAAAGGGGGUAUCGAUGCCUAUGCUGCGAACUGUUUACGGUCUUUUGAAAGGUCUGCAAUUAAAGACCAAGGAGUCAAAGGGCUUGUGGACCAGUGAGUUUACCGAGAGCAAUCCAUAUCAGUAGUUGUCUAUUAUAAAACAA